GAGAAAUCGCCUGAGUUUCUGAUUGGUAACGCUACUUUCUUUAAAAGUGAUGAAUUAUUAAGAUAUUUACAUAUCUUGGAUACGUUAGCUUAUGAGUCUUUAGCUGCUCAACUAAAAUAUUUUGAAAAAGAAAUCAACAAUCGUUCGCCUUCCACAAUCAAACAAUUGAAAUGGAUUGCAACAAAAAAAUACGUCCAAAUAUUACCCAGUUUUUCAAUUUAUUAUUCGCAAAUUUUGAUCCUACUGUACCGGAUCUUCAAAAUGUCGAUAUUAAAUCUUUUUUUAGUUAUGUCGUACCUCCAUCUUUGAUGCAAUCUGAGACGAUCUGGGAUUUAGAUAUUAAUUUGAGAGUUCAAAUUUAUAUUUCUAAGAUUAAUAAAAAUCCACAAAGAAAUUUAUACAAAACCAUGUUUCCAAAUGUUGAUGGUGAAGAUGGUCCACCAAUGUAUAAGGAAACAUAUAAAAAAAUUUGUAAUAAAAUUCAACGUUUCUCCGAUGAUGUUGAAAUGUUGAUGAAAGAAUUUAAAUGGAGUAAAUUCGUUCAAGAUAUGUUUAAAUGUUUAUCCAAUAUAUUCAAUAGGGUAAAUGAAUCUGAAAUGCCUUUAUUAUAUAAAUAUCCCUCAAUCGAAGCUCUACCCAUAUCAUCAUCAUCAUCAUCAUCAAAUAGUUCAGCUAGAGUUGUUAUUAUUGAAGAUAUACCACGAGAAGAUGUUGAUAAUAGUGCAAAGAAACGUACUGAAGAAAAUGAUGAUGAUAUAUCUUCCGAUAAUACAGGCGAUAAUACAGGCGAUAAUAUAGCAGACGAUAAUACAGGCGAUAAUAUAGGCGAUAAUAUAGGCGAUAAUAUAGGCGAUAAUAUAGAUGAUAAUUUAGUUGAUUCUUCUUCUAUUUUAAAAAAAGAAGAAAUAGAACAAAUAACGUCACAAAAUAACGGUCAAUCAAUUGAAUUAAUUGUUGACACGGAAUUGAAACGCACUCAAAGUGGUUUAUUACUUAAUAGUGAUGGUGAAUCACUUAGUUCCACCUUAAAUCCAAGAACACCAAGAAGUGAACGAAGAAGUGAACGUGAUAAUAAAGCAAAUAGUAAUGGAAGAAGGGCAACACUCUCUACGUACGAAAAUUGAUUUAUUAUAGUAACUUUUUAAAUUAUUCCAAGUUUUUAACAUUGAAUGAUUUUUUUUUCUUAGGCGAAAAACAAUGGAGCGUUCAUCAAGUUCUCUGACGAAUAUGAUUGUGGAUCAACCUGAAUCAGUAAACGAUAGGUAAGUUAAAAUAUUUU